AUGCAGCUUGGACAUACCUGCGGGACCAGCAUUUACCUACCUUCAGAACCCUGCCCAACAGCCUACGUCAACGCCGCCAACGGCAACAACCCAGUCAACGGAGAAUUCGAGACAAGCCAAUGUACCAUGAAUAACGGCAAAUUGACACCGAACGCGCACAUCAUGCAAGCCAACGAUGGCGUCUGCGCGCCUGCCUUAGCCGUCUCAGGUCCUUGUUGUCAACUUGAUGGCAGCAAGAGCCCAUACACCUGCGACUGUUCGACCUGGAAUCCUGGUCCUGAUGCAGGUCCCAAUAUAUACAACCCGUGUUGGGAGCCCAGUUGA